GCCCUUGUGAGAGAUCCCAUUUAUAUCAAGUCUUCUAUGCUUACAUAGCUCAGAGAAAACAAUUACUCUUGUUCUUCCCUCCGUUGUUUGCUCCCUCUUGAAUAUUCACCGAAAUCCCAAAAAUCCCAUCUUGUUUUUGUUUUGUUUUUGAGGUUCAAACGUCUCAAAACUCUGGAAAGGAAUCACACAUACCUAUGGAGGAAUUCAAGACGAUCAAGAAGAAAAUGUGGAUGUUUUCUCUUUAGUCUUUCUUUCUGUUUGAAAAAACGAUCUCCCUAGAAUUGUUCACUUGCGUUAUGGAAGCUAUCAUCGAAACAAUCAUAGCACUGAUCAUCGGCAACAACGAGAAAGUCGCUAACCAUCAAAACUUUGUUCUUCAAAAGCUAUCUUUCUGGUUCGCUCCCACUACACGCCCACCUGGUCUACUCUCUUUCACUUCUGGUUCCUAAAAACAAACUCUCAUACAACUUCGUUUAGCUUUCUUUUUAUUUUUGUGUGUGUUUUUAUAUGGCUGCUUCCUAUUUCAACAACAAAAUUUUUUUAUCUGGGAAUUGUUAUUCUGGUUUCCUCGAUCCCUUUUCCCGUGAUUUGGGUCCAUGCAAUGGGAUUUCACAGUCCUUGGUGUUGGAUAAUGAGAAAAGUGAGCUGGUGGUGAAGUCGCCGGUGAAGGUUGGGAAGAAAAGCGUGUCGGAAGAGAAAGUUAUAGCGGCUUUAAAGAGUCAUAGCGAAGCUGAGAGGAGGAGGAGAGAAAGGAUUAAUGCUCACCUGGACACCCUCCGUACUCUCUUGCCAUACAGAGAAAAGAUGGAUAAAGCCACAUUACUUGGUGAGGUGGUAAGACAAGUGAAAGAACUAAAGAAGGCUGCAACUGAAGCUAGCAAAGGGGUUCUUGUUCCAGUUGAUGAUGAUGAAGUGAUAGUUGAAACGUGUCACGAUGAAGCCAAUGGGACAUAUUGUUUCAAGGCAUCAAUCUGUUGUGAUUACAGACCCCAACUUCUAACCGACUUACGACAAGCUCUCGAUGCUCUUCCGAUUAAGAUGGUUAAAGCGGAAAUAUCAACCUUGGGUAGUCGGCUGAGGAAAGAUUUUGUUUUCACCGGUUGCCGAACCACCGCAAAUGGUGAUGACGCCGAGUCACGGCAAUAUCUUGCCGGUUCUGUUCGCCGGGCCUUGAAUUCUGUCCUGGAGAAGGCUUCUAUCUCGCCGGAAUACUUGCCAUACUCGACGUUUCCAAAGAAGAGGCAGAGGAUCUCAUACUUUGAUUCCUCAAGCUCAUCUUCAUAAAAAAGAUGAUUGCCAUUGUUUCGUUUGUGUCAAUCCACUGCGACAUCUCCUUUAUUUUCUGCAGGUGUUUGUUUGAAUGUGCAAAGGUUGGCUUGAAAUGCAAAUUUAGAAAACAUGUUAUAUAUAUACAUAUCAUUAGAUGUAAGAGUUCAAUAUUAGAUCAUAUGACUGUUGUGUGUAAAUUUAUAUGAACUUAUCUCUUUUCGUUUCCUGUUA